GCUGGAAAAACUCUGGCAAGGCCUUGUAUCCAUUCUUCAACAGCUCUCCCCACGUCCUGUCCGGCAGCAGGUUCCAACCGGUGACCUCUGAUAUCUGCGUGGCUGUCAAACACACGUGCAACUCGCACUUUUGGGAGAAACUAGACCGUUUCGUGAGCUCUGGUUGCCCCUUGUCCAGCACGUCUAAGCUGCCGGUUGGGCGUAGUCACCGUUCCCACCUACGACAGCCAUCAUGUCAAUAAUCCCUCCAGACAUGGCCAACCAAACUUAUCUGACUGUACACGCCCUGUUGGCUGGAGUUGGGUCGGAGAUCCCCUUCAUCGCUUUCCUCAUCACGCACCCUACACAUGGGCGGACGUUGUUCGACUUGGGCAUGCGUAAGCAUGCGAAAGGAUGGCCGCCUGCAGUCAAGCCAAUCUUAGACGAGUACAGAGUGUAUGGUUACUGUGGCGAGGACAUAGUUGAUGUGCUGAGGAAAGACGGGGUCGAUCCGGCAGAGAUUACGAAGAUCAUCUACAGUCACCUCCACUGGGACCACGUCGGCGAUCCGACCCCCUUCACGAACGCCGAUAUCGUCCUCGGCUCUGAAGCCAAGGUGCUCCUCGAAGACGCGUGGCCCUCUAACCCAGACAGCCCGUUCAUGGCGCUCCCGUCGAACAUGCACGUAGACUUCAUCGACUUUGCGGACCUGAAGAAGAAGGACAAGCAGGUCGCGCCGUGGGGACCGUACGAGCGCGCGGUCGACUUGUACGGCGACGGGUCACUGUACCUCGUCGACUCGCCAGGGCACAUCCCGGGACACCUCGCCGCGGCGGCGCGCAUUGGGCCAGACAGCUUCGUUUUUCUCGCUGGCGACACAUGCCACAAUAGGCUCUGCUAUUCUCCCGGCGAGCGACUCAUCAGCGAGCGUGGCCAUCGUGACAUCGGGUCGGCGCGGAAGACCGUGAAGCGGCUGAUAGAACUGGAUGCGAGCUACCCGAACGUCGUCGUCGUCAUCACGCAUGAUAGCCUGAGGAAGGAGGAGAUACCGUUCUUCCCAGAGUCUGACUUGAGGAGUUGGGCAGAGAAUGAGAUUGAGAAGCGGGGGCGGAAGCGGAGUACAUGAAGUCGACUACUACGUUCUAAAUUGACCAAGGCACUGAUACUUGUGUAUAGUCUCG